GCAGGACAAGCUUUCUAGCUUGCGACAAAGACUGUCGGUCGACCACGAAAGACGACAGAACCCUGACGACCGAUUGCUGCCGAAAUGCAUUGAGACGGAGACGAAGCAAACCAAUAUACAUAUCCACCUAUAUCAUAAAGCACACCGCCCGCCAGCAUCAUGCUUCGAAAAAAAGAAGCCUACACCGUCGUCACGCCUAUCCCAGGCUUCAUCCCUCGCCAGCUCGCCAUUGACAUUCUCCAAUCGCACGAGGAGGUCAUCACCCUCAACCCGCUCGUCAUCAGCCACAAGCCGAUUCCCGCCCCUCGCGAUGCCGCCGCCGACGAGUUCUACAGCACAUGGUACGAGAUCACCGAGCGCGUCCAGUUCGUCCCCGGCGUGGGGCGCCUGGGCAGCUCCAAGGUGACCUUUCGGGGCGUCUUCCACGACAUGCCCUGGGGCCUGCAGACACACAUGUACGUGCCGUUUGGCAUCGAUCUGCGGAUACGGUAUCGCAUCGCGGGCAACCAGCCCGGCACGGAGGCGCCAGAACAGAGGGAGCUGGGCCUCGAGGCGCUAGGCGCGCCUAAGGACGGGCUGUACCUGCGGGAAGAUAUCGAGAUCAAAGGCAACAUUAGUGUCGUGGGCAUGGUCAAAUCGCAAUUGAAAGCCGCCAGCAAGGAGAUGGUUGACCGCAUCAUUCGUAAAGCUGAGCUCGUCGACGCUGGCGUGCUGCAGGCCAUGAUGUCCGAGGACGGCAAGCUCAAGACGAUCAAUCCCAACGACCGGUCCAAGGGCAGCCCAACGACGCCCAUACACGCGGAUGGACGUCUCAGCCGGCCGCAGUCCUAUCAGCAGGGCUAUGGCGGCUCUUCGCCAGGCCAGGUCCCUUAUGCGCGACCCGCCACGACGUCCUCCUACGGGUAUCCUGCCUCGCCCCAGCCUCACCACGAAUCUCCCUACGCGACGCCAAUGUCGCCUCCCCCCAUCCCGCCCAAGCAAGCCGAGUCCCCUCAACUCAUGGAGCUGCCUGGCGACUUUCAGCACGCGCCGAUCCAGCCCCCUCUGGGCUCACCAGGGCCUAGCCCCCAUGUCUAUGCGCCCCAGCAUUACCCCCCGCAGUCGGUUGCCGCAGAGAUACAACAGCAGCAAAAUGAAUUGGACAAUCGCUCGUCCUUUAUAGCAGAGCUGCCUGCUGAGCAAGGGAAGUGAUUGUGCGACAUGUGCGCACAGGGUGACGAACGUUGUGCCCUUUUCCAAGAAAUUUCUGGCGUUCCAUUUAUGAUAUCAGGGUGCGUUUUAGGUUUCUUCCAUCGCAAGCAAUUAUUAUUGGUGUCAUCCUUGGCGCGUUUUGUUAGCGAAGACGAGUUAAUGACAUGGCAAUGAUCGUUUCUCCAUUCAUCAACCUCCAUCAAUCUACAUUAUGCGAAAAAUGACUGUCGGAGAUGGACUUG